AUGGCAUCGGAAAAAGUUCGAAUACAAAUUUAUGUACGUCGAACAGGAGAACACGUCUUAAUUGAUGUUAUUCCUCAAUCAACUACCUUUGGUAGUAUUAUUAAAACUGUAUGUGAGAGAAUUAACGAUCCUGAGCCAAGUCAUUAUUACAUAGCAUUAAAUAAUGAAACGGAAAUGUUUGAAGAUAUGGUAUUCGAAUCACGUCAUGCGAGUGAGCAGUUUCAAAUGGUCAUGAGAACUAAAUGGUUAUUAGAACAUAUUGCUGCACAAGCCAUGAGGCGACAAGGAAUAAAACUAGCAGAAACUAACGACAUUCAAACAGAGACUACUGUUGUUGAAGAACCAUCAGUACCAGCAACGACAAGUGUGAAUGAAACAUCAGCACACGAACCUGCUGCACCAACAGCGAUAAUAGCAAAUCCUUCGGAAGAAGAAAAUACAACGACCGAACAGACUAAGCCGAUUUUAGGCGAUGUUGUUCGAGAAACGAUUCGAAGAAUUCCAAGACGGGACGUCCAAAAAUACCUUCAUCGAUCACUUGAGAAAUCAUUUGAUAUUCUUCUCAUGGGCUCACCACGAGUUGGCAAAAGCACGUUAAUUAAUGCUAUACUUAAAAAAGAUCUUGCUCGUACAAGUGCUGGACGUAAUGCCUGUACGAAUUCAACGAGUUAUUAUGAAUAUGAAGAAACAUACACAUCGUUCGAAGAUUCCCAUAAACCAAUAACAUCAACUUGUUCAAUACGUAUUUGGGAUUCGCCAGGUAUCGAAAAUUGGGACGAACUCGAUAUUGCACAACAUAUUCGAAAUCUCGUCAAAGAAAAAAAUCCCAUUUGUUUAAUCUAUUGUGCGUCUCCUGGUUGUUACGCCAGCGUCGAACAUAUGAAGGUUAUUGUUGAACAAUGUAUAGAAUUAGACGUAUUCAUUGCUUUGGUGGUCACAAAUAUGUACGCAUCAGAUGAGGUCGAUGAUAUUUUAGAAACGUACCAAGAUCUUCUUGUAACACAUAUGAUUCGAACGCAGGUCGUCGAUGAUGUUUAUUACUAUGGUACAAUAGGUCUUUGUACAGCAGUCAAUUCUGUGAAGUAUGAAAAUGAAAAUAUUGUGAAGCCACCGACCGGUGUGGAUGAAUUGAUGUUAGGUAUUAUGAAUUCAUUAAGUGAAGAGAAAUUAUUGCAAUGGUGCUUUGCUCUCAUGGAUAAUGGCCCGUUUUGGGUUCGAGCACAAAGUCGAAUAUGGAAAACAUUUAAAUUAUUCAAAAGCUGGAUAGGUUAUUAA